AGCUGAGCCCUGUAUGACCCGAGCAGAGCUGAUUACAUAAUGCUCUUCAACAUCUGACCGAUAACUGUUGACACUUUCUGAACUUCCGUCUAUUUGCUGUUCUGAAGUUCGUCCUCAGUGCAGGUCAACAGAGUAAGAACAGCUGCAAUACAAUGGCUGCCUUUCUGCAUCACUGCCCCUUCCUAAAGUCUGCGCAUAAGCCAGCUUUGCGGAGAACUGGAGCCGCCUUGCUGUCUUAUGCCGACCAAUGCCCCAUCCGACCUCUUCCUACACUGGACCAGAGGAGGAUGUUUGCUCAGACAGCUACUCAGGUGGCUGUGUCUGUCUCCAAGGGCUGCCCCUUUGUCACCAAUCAGAUCGGGAUGGUCCGAGCCAGCCCUGAAGUUCAGGAGGACGUCCAAGGAGGUUUGAUGACUUCUCUGCUGAAAGGUUUAAAGGAUAAACUCCUCCCAACAUCAGCUGAAGCUGAUACUGUCACCCACCUCCUCAAAGACAACAUGGUUGGCCCUAGCUACGACUAUGACCGCUUCUUCAUUGAGAAGAUUUCUGACAAAAAGAAAGACCACACAUACAGAGUCUUCAAGACCGUGAACAGAAAUGCUAAGGUCUUCCCUUAUGCUGAGGAUUACUCCGUCUCUGGGCGGGAGGGCUCCCAGGUGUCCAUCUGGUGCAGCAACGACUAUCUGGGAAUGAGUCAGCACCGACAGGUCAUCAGUGCAAUCAGAGAUGCUGUGGACAAGCACGGUGCAGGAGCAGGCGGGACCAGGAACAUCUCAGGCACCAGUAACUACCACGUGUCUCUGGAGAAGGAGCUCGCCGGGCUGCACCAGAAAGACGCAGCUCUGGUCUUCUCCUCCUGCUUUGUGGCCAAUGACUCCACCCUCUUCACCUUGGCUAAGAUGCUGCCAGGGUGCGAGAUCUACUCUGAUGCAGGGAAUCAUGCAUCAAUGAUUCAGGGCAUCAGGAACAGCGGAGCCAAGCGAUUAAUCUUCCGCCAUAAUGACAGCCGACACCUGGAGGAACUGCUGCAGCGCUCCGACCCCAAGACUCCCAAAAUAGUGGCAUUUGAGACCGUGCACUCAAUGGAUGGUGCCAUAUGUCCUCUGGAGGAGCUCUGCGAUGUCGCUCAUCGUCACGGAGCUCUGACGUUUGUUGAUGAAGUUCAUGCUGUGGGUCUGUAUGGAGCCCAUGGAGCUGGAGUGGGAGAGAGAGACAACGUUAUGCACAAGAUUGACAUUGUUUCUGGGACCUUAGGUAAAGCCUUCGGCUGUGUUGGAGGCUACAUUGCCAGCAGCGCCGCCCUGGUGGACACAGUGCGCUCCUUCGCAGCCGGAUUCAUCUUCACCACCGCCCUGCCCCCGAUGGUCCUGGCCGGAGCUCUGGAGUCCGUCCGGGUCCUGAAAAGCCCCGAGGGGCAGGUGCUUCGCAGAGCCCACCAGAGGAACGUGAAACACAUGAGGCAGCUGCUGAUGGAUAAGGGUCUGCCGGUGGUCAACUGUCCCAGCCACAUCAUCCCCAUACGGGUGGGCAACGCUGAGCUGAACACCAAGGUCUGUGACACCCUGUUGGAGAAAUACAACAUCUACGUCCAGGCCAUCAACUACCCCACUGUGCCUCGUGGCGAGGAGCUGCUGCGCCUUGCUCCUUCCCCUCAUCACGACCCCGCCAUGAUGGAUUACUUUGUGGAGAAACUGGUGGAGGUGUGGCAGGAGGCAGGGCUCCUGGUCAACAGCCCGGCUACGGCUUCCUGCACCUUUUGUGACCGCCCACUGCAUUUCGACCUCAUGAGUGAGUGGGAGAAAUCCUACUUCGGCAACAUGGAACCACAAUACAUUACUGUGUUAGCAUAAUACCAAAGUCUCAACAGAAGUAAUGCAUACAUUUAAUGCUAUAUUCAACAUCCUUUUAAAUUAAUCAUCCAGGUGCACUGACAAGAGUACCAAAGUAUUGCUAAUAACCUUGUGAUCAAACAUGCUUUAUUUUUGGUCAUAAAAACUAAAUUCCAGUAUUUAUUUCUGUUUUCCUGUAUUUAUGCUUACUAAAUUAUUUUUGCGCUGUCAUAGAUAUGAUGAAAGAAAAUUGUGCCUUUUUAAAAGCAUAAAACCUGCACACUGGGCACUUUCUUAAAUCUUUUAUUCAAGUGUGAUGGUUUGAAUUAUCUUUAAUUUUAUGUUCCAUGAUAAGUUGCAUCAUACCAUAUAAUGAUCAUAACCAUGUUUCUGUUUCCAUAAUAAUUCAAUUACUGAUGUUUUAGUCAUGAAAUGUAUGUAGUGCAGAAGUUAAUUAGUUCAUAAAAUACGGGACAAUAAAACAUUCAAUAAA